AAAUAUUGAAUCCGCAUGUGGGGAUUACUCAAGUAAGUUCUUGUCAACUAAUUGGUCAAUUAUUAUUUGGGUGUCCUAUUGGACAGCAUAUGGCCAAAAGGGUAACUUCUUAGGAUGGUGAUAUCGUAGGCGUAGGUUUUCUCUCACCACCGCGUACCGCCAGUUCAAAUGAGAAUGGAUGUCGCGAUCCAAGCAUAGUUCAGGAUUUGCGAUUCGAGUUUUGAUGCCGGUGUCGACGGCAGGCUGAGAUAUGGAUCCCGGAAUAAAUGCCACUGAUGUUCAAGAUCUUAGUGGAGAAACAGACGGCGGUGAAACCCGAAGGAAGUCAGAUCCUACUAGUGCUGUGCAAAUGCAAAGGUCCCUGGAUGAACAGACUACGUUUCCGGAGUAUCGCAGAGCUUUAAGCUCACGUGAUUCAAUUCUCAGCAACUCUUCCUGUGUGUCGAAAGACUCUAAUGAAGUCGAUGGUCCAUCCAGCAGGAAGCCGUCUACUACAAGUCGUUUCUUGCCUGGUUCAACUGGCGGAUCAUCGGGAGGCUCAUCACUCCGUCCCAGUGUGGUUGGGGCAUUCCUGCUGACCACCCUGCGCAUCGAUGUGGAAAGUGAUGGCCCUUCAGCUUUGAAAGAUGUAGUACCACCGACAGCUGCCAAAGAUAGUUAUGAGCUCUGGGGUGAUAUUCUGGCCAGCUGGGAAGAUUCUGCAAAGCGGCGCAAGAAGACGAUACGAGAGCUGGUUUAUGAUGGUGUUCCUGAUAAAGUGCGAUGUUUGGCCUGGAUGAAGUUAGCCAAAGGAACUGACCAAGAACAAGAACAACUCAGAAGAGCCUAUACGGAUUUAAUGGAGCGUGACUCGCCAUUCAUCAAGAUCAUUCGUCGAGAUCUGGCACGCACGUUUCCAGAUCAGGAGAUGUUCAAGGAGGCUGAUGGGCAUGGACAAGUAGCUCUGUUGAACAUGAUGAAGGCCUACUCCAUUUAUGACCGUGAAGUUGGCUAUUGUCAGGGAUCACCAUUCAUUGCAGGUCUUCUGCUUAUGCAGAUGCCUGAAGAGGAUGCAUUCUACAUCUUUGUACGAAUCAUGCACCACUACGGCAUGCGUGAUCUCUUCAAACCAAGCAUGACGGCCUUGGAUGUUUGCCUUCACCUGCUGGACAAGCUAGCACAGGAGCAUUGCAGUGAUUUACAUGCUCACAUUCAAGAUAAAGGCAUGGUGGCGACCAUGUUCGCAUCGUCAUGGUUCCUGACUAUAUUUGCCUCCACGCUUAAUGUCGAUGCUGCGUUCCGCAUCAUGGACCUGUUCCUUUGCGAUGGCAUGGAUGCUGUGUUCCGUGUUGCAUUAGCUAUUCUACUGGACAAGCGUGAGCAGCUCCUCAAACUGGACAUGCCGGGAAUGAUGAAUGUACUUCAGACUGAGUUACGAACUUCGUACAGCUCAAUGGCAUCUAUUGAUGCUCUUAUCAAGAAAGCAUACAGCUUGAAGAUGUCACAUAAGAAAUUAGUCAAACUAGGCAAAGACUAUCAGCAUCAGAGAGAAAAGGACACGGAGGAGGGAAUAGAGAAUAGAGCUAUCCGAGCUGAAAAUCUCAAACUCUCUAAGAGGAUUGAAGAUGUCGAGGCAGAAGUUCAUCGGAUAACAAACGACUUGGUGGCGUGUCAAAUGGGACACGCAGAACUGGUUGCAGAUGGUGCCCGGCUACGCAAGGAUCUAGCGCUGGGUCGGCGUCGUAUCAAGGAAGAGGAAGAGCGACGGAAAGCAGAACGACAGGACAUCAACAGACCCUUGGCAUCUGAUCAACCUACCGUAGAUUCUGCUAACUUUGUCAACUAUCGGCGGCGGCAAAUGGCCGAGUCGGCGCAGCAGAAAGAAGUCAUUGAACAACGACUACGUGAGGCAGAGUUGACACACGUAUCGCUGAAGAUUCGUCACGCAGAGCUUGAAGAUGACUUGGCCGAGGUCAAUCAUCUGAAAUCUCAGAAUGAAUCAUCCGCUCAGAUUGUAGUGGAACUGCGUCAAACUGUAGCUGAGCUCCGAAAUCAGGUUCAAGAAGCUGAAAAUAAGCUCCAGGCACGUCGCCAGCAGCAGGCAUCAGAGCAGAGGGUUAACGGAAGUGAGGACAAGCAAGCAAAGCCAGUCACAACAACAGCAGCAGGUGCAGAGGUUAGAAAGUCGCCAAAACUUAAAGAGAGGAAACCUGUGCUUGUGUUACCGCCAUCAUUGGAAAUGGACUGUUGAGAGCUCGGCGUAGUCAAGCUACCAACUAGUUUUGUCAGUGUAAAACACUCACCGCUAUCUGUGUUACAUAUGUACAAAAUAGUUUCUGUGACCUCUUUAGUUUACCUGUAUAAUAUAGGUAGAUGUGCUGUUAGUUGUAGGUCCAAAUGUCAAUAACCAUGUCUAGCACAUCUCUGCAGCUCACUGUCCAUACCCACUGUUCCGUAUACAUAUCACAGUGUGGUCAUCAACUGGUGGUCUGUUUUGUCUGUUUUUUGUCUGCGCAUGUCUUUACAGUAGGUUAGGAUUUCUGCUUUGCACUAGAUUUCUGCUUCAUUUUCUCUGGCUGCCUCUCCCCUUCCCCAAUCCGUUACUCUGUGCGGGUGUGGGCGGGUGUCUGUCUGUCUCUCUUUCUAUCACUCUCUCUCUCUCUCUCUCUCUCUCUCCCUCUCUCUCUCUCACACACACACACACACACACACACACACACACACACACACACACACACACACACACACACAGUCUCUCUCUCUCUCUCUCUCUCUCUCUCUCUCUUUCUUUCUCCCUCCCCACUCUCUGUUUCUUUGUCCCUCCCUACUCUUCUCUCCACAUUAUGCGUUGUCUUCACAAUCCACCUGCUGCUGCUGAAAAUGCAAGCGUGUCUCAGUGCUACGAGUCAUAUGUCACACUCACCAAGCCAAGGCAAUGUUCUUGCUACUUUUCCGCUUCCCUUUUACAUUGGUGUGCCUUUCCUCUGUAGAUCUUCCUCUCUUGUACAUAUUUUCCAGUAUUUAAUUUGUGCUCAGCAUGUAUAUCCAUCGAGCACCGUUGGCCUAUAUUUUGAAGUCCGUAUGUUGACAUUGGCUUUCCGUCAAGCGGUUCUGAUCCUUUUUUUUAGCACUAUUUGAAAGUUUUAUCGCGAGUUCCGUUUUAAUAUUUAUAAAUCAACCUAUAAGAACUUAGGGAUGAAUUUGCUCCCACACUUGGAACUUGGCUCAGUAGAGUGGCCAUUUCCCAGA